GCACUACACCUGCUCGCCGAGCGGGCGGUGUACUCACGCCAGGAGGCUGCCGGUGUCGGCGCGUUGGGCGCGGCGGAGGGCGGCGGCGCCGAGUCGCCGCCGCCCUUUCCGACGGCGCGGCUGCUGGAGAUGCUUGGUGAGGCUGGGGUGCCGCUUCCGCUGGACGCGCAGGAGGCGGAGAGCGGGAACACCGCCAUGCACACCGCCGCGUUUGGCGGGUGCGUCGAGAUGGCAAUCUCGCUCGUCGGCCUGGGCGCGUCGGUCGGGCUGCCGAAUCGGGACGGCUUCACCCCCCUCGACUCGAUGCAGCCGAGCGGCGUGGAGGGGAGGUCUCUCGCGGUGCUGCUGCUCAGCCACAUCGCCUCCCCCCCCCCGUGGGCGUGCCAGCUCUGCAAGCUGCCCUUCAUGCUCGCGCAGCCGCAGACCGGCGGCGGCUCCCUCUCGCAGCAGCUCAUGGCGCGGACCAACUACGCGUCGACCAACAAUCUGCGCAAGCACCACUGCCGCCAUUGCGGCCGCGUCAUCUGCGCGAGCUGCUCGCCGCGCCGCUGCGUGAUUGCAAAGUUCGGAUCGUCGGCGGAGGCGGCCCUCGCCGGCCCACGCAGAGCGCCCCGCCCGCGCCCCCCUCACCGCCGGCUCUGCGUGACUCUGUAG